UCAACCUGAGUAUUUCUUGUUGCACUUGUAGCGUUGCAAUAGGCAAUCAUAAUUUACUCACAUAGGUUUGGGUUGUGGUAUUUUAACUAAUGAAAAAUAUUCGUGGUGAAGAAUUCAUUUCAAGUGUGAAGAACAGAUGUUUUAGAUUUUUGUUAUUCUCCAUAAGAUGUUAUUGGAACUACAAGAGGCGUCCACAGGUUAUAUGCAAAUACGAGAAGACAUGACAAGUGAACAUGUGACAGAUGCGUUUUCUGUUCUUUCCGAAUCUCAAACUUCACCUGAGGAUCACAGUUUACACAACGAACAAUCUCCGGGUCCUUCUGCGUGUUCCGGGUGUGGAUACUAUAUUUUUGAUCAGUCAUAUCUUCUAAUGGCUGGCAAGGCAUGGCACACUGACUGCUUGAAAUGUUCAAUGUGUGCUUGCACCCUCAACAGUGCAAACUCCUGUUUUAUGAAAGAUGGAAAUAUACUGUGUAAAGAAGACUACUACAGUUCUAGGUUGCAAACUUCACGUACAUGUGCAGGAUGCGGAUGUUGGAUUAGCGCAGAAGAUUUGAUUAUGAAAGCACGUGAGCUUAUAUAUCACGUCGCUUGUUUCACAUGCAUAACUUGUCGAAGAAUAUUGGUUCCAGGAGAAAGAUUCAGCAUUGAUCAAGACACUGGAAGAUUGCAUUGCUGCAACUGUUGGAAACACGCGGAAUAUUGCAAUCAAGCAAAUGGUCCCAACGCUCAAUUUCCAUCCUACUAUGAAGACGAAUCUGGAAGAAAACCUGGGAAACGGAAAGGAGAACCAUCUUUAUCAAUUGAGACGACAAGCGGAUUGGCAUAUGGAUCGGAUUAUAGAGAAUCAUUCCCUCCUCAAAAGACAAAGCGCAUGAGGACCAGUUUCAAACACCAUCAACUUCGUUCCAUGAGAAGUUAUUUUAACAUGAACCGUAACCCAGACGCUAAGGAUUUGAAACAACUCGCACAAGAAACUGGACUCACUAAACGAGUUCUUCAGGUGUGGUUCCAGAAUGCAAGAGCCAAAUAUAGAAGGGGUAAAGGUUUGAAAGGUGUUGAGUGCAAGAAAUCCGACGACGGAGAACAUUCUAAUAUAGAAAAAGAAACUGACCAAGCUGGCCAGAGCUCAAAAGACACAAACUCAAACGAGGAUCAAAUGAAUGGGGAUGAAACUGGUGACUGUGACGUCACAAGUAAUAGCGAAAACGACGAAGCAUGGCUAGCAGAUAACAAUACUUCUGCUGUAGAAUCUUUGAACGGAGACAUUCCGAACAUAUCGUCGGAAGAGUCUUCAGUAUCUCAGCGAUCAGAUACAGUGGACUCCAAUGUUCACACUGCUUGGUCGUAUAAUGGGACCGAUUCUAACAACAAUUGUACACUGGGUAUGACAUCUAAUCAAGCAUCUGUAAUACAGUCAGUUGCAUCAUCUUCAAUAAAUGGCAACGCAGUGUACGGGUUCCACGAAUUAGCUCCGACGUUACAGCCAACAAAAUUGUUGGGUCAUUCUGAUAUACAGUAUGGUGAUAAACCGUUGCACAACGGGAACAUAAACGGGCCCAACGCUAUGAUUUAUGCCCCCACGGGGUUGUUUGAUGAUCGACAUGGGAACGGGUUCUUGCCUCACCAGCAACAGUAUUAUUAUACAACCCAAUUUGUACCACAUGAAAAUUUUAACUCCGUAGACUAAGUGAGUUUAUUUCAAAAUUGGAACAGUGCAUAUUAAAUCCUAGAUUACGAUUUUUAUGUUUGUCCUUGGAUCUAGGCAAGUUCUAUCUUAUGAACGAACACUUUUAUUUUUGCUAAAAUCUAGUAGUUGCAUGUAUACAACAUCUAUCGAUGCUACAUUGUUUUAUGUUGACUAUUCAAACACAUUCAAUCCGAUUUUUUCAUUCGGAAAUUAGCAGGAUAGUUUUAAACUACAAUAAUUACAUAUAAACUGCAAAGCGCUAAACAAUAUCUGAAUUUGUGAGAUGAUCGAGUCCCGUGUUGAUGAUAUUUGUGAAUUUGAUUCGCUUUUUCAGGUGUCUCCAUGUCAAUUUUACGUUCUAUAAAAUGCGAAUUAUGAGCCAUAUUUGUAAAGGAAAUUUUUGCCAGGCAGAUAUUAUUGCAAUGUUUUAAAUUUUAUUUUUUAUGCUGUAUAUCACUGUUACGUCCAACGUUCAUUAUAAUCAUCCAUGUUGGAUGAAACUUGUUCCACCAUCUCUGUUACAAUAAAAAUCAGUUUAUUACUGUCCCAAAAAAGUGAUGUAUUAUAGCAACGUGAGCUGUGUUUUUUUGUAGUUCUUGAUUUCGAUAAAUAUCAAGUUAUGGCUCCGAAAAGUCCACUCUCAUUUUGAAGAAUACCAAAUACUGUAGUAAGAAUAUCAUUUACAUAUUCACACUCAUAUUAUCCAAAUGCUGUUUUGAAAUUUUCAAUUCUAAUCUAGAGGGUGUCGUCUGUUGUCUCAUACAGCACUCGAUUCUAAAUUUUAUCAAUUCAAAACAGAACAUAAAAAUUAAUUCAAGUUUUAUGUAUAAUCAUGUGAUAAUUUAUUCAUAAUUGCUAUAUGUGAAACUGUCUUUCACAACAAUACCGAUACUUUUCGGAUUUGUAGUAUUUGCUGUCUUCAUAGUUUUUUCUUUUAAUUUAUUCACUACCUAUUCUUCAUAAUUGUGUGCAUCACCUCUACACAAAUAUAUAUUUUAUCCC